GUCUAGGAGCAUACUAGCUACUAGCAUCAGUAAAGUAGACGGUAGACGACAGCUUGCUGAUGUAUAUGUUGUGUACUUGUAUGUAGUAUCAAAUGAUCGUGCUACAAUAUUGUACACAAUACUUUUAGUUUUACCGUUAUUACAACAGUUGAUUAUAAUUUAUAAAUAAAUAAAUAAUAAUCUGUUACAUUAAUUACCCGAGAGCCGAGAAUGAAUUUAACCACCAAAUUUUCGCCAAAGAAAUUGGGUACCCACAAUGGUAUAUUCCACUGCGAUGAAGCUUUUGGCUCAUACAUGCUACAGUUAUUAUUUCCUGACUUGGAAAUAAUUCGUACGAGAGAUGAACAACUGCUAGCCGAGUGCGAUAUUGUAAUCGACGUUGGUGGUGUGUAUGAUCACGGUAAACGCCGUUAUGAUCAUCAUCAAAGGAGUUUUGAUCAUUCGAUGAGCACACUUAAACCCAACUCCAAAUGGACAACGAAAUUGAGUAGUGCAGGUUUGGUAUACUUACAUUACGGCCACGAUGUUUUGAAAACAAUUUUGGCAACCGACGUACCUGAAGAUAAAUUGAAUACUAUUUAUUCUAAAGUAUAUGAAACCUUUGURCAAGAAGUAGAUGCUAUCGAUAACGGUGUUCCAAUAUGUGAAGGUUUACCUAAAUACAAUAUACACACUCAUUUGAGUAGUCGAGUCGGUAACUUUAACAAAAAAUGGAACCAUGUUGGAAAAUUUGACGAUAUGAAAGCAUUCAAACAGGCGAUGCAAUUGAUUAAAAGUGARUUUGAAGAAACUGUACUGUAUGCAUAUCAAACAUGGUUACCUGCUAGGUCAUUGGUAGUUGAUGCACUCGAGAAACGAUACGAAACACACAAGUCUGGUCGUGUCAUAGAGUUCAGUGCACCAUGUCCUUGGAAAGAACAUUAUUUUGUGCUUGAAGAAGAACUGGGUGAUGACCUUUUACCAAAAAUUGAUUAUGUUAUUUUUAAAGAUACUGCAAAUGAUGCRUGGAGAAUACAAUGUAUACCUUUAACUCCACAUUCGUUUACACUUAGAAGACCAUUGCCAAAAAGUUGGUGUGGUAUUAGAGAUGAUGAUUUAAGCACAAUUUCUGGAGUACAAGGUUGUAUUUUUUGCCAUGCCAGUGGAUUCAUCGGUGGUAACAAGACUAGAGAAGGAGUACUAGAAAUGUGUGAAAAAGCCUUAGAAUGAUUUUUUUUUUUAAUAAUAAACAAUCGAUCUAUUUAUUUGUA